AUGAUCAUCUACUAUCAGGCUCACCCACGCCCGCCGCCGCCGUCGACGCGCCCGGGCCAGCACGGCAGGCGGUCGCGCCGCGCAGCCCGCGCCCGCGCGCCGCGAAACGGGCCGUCGGGGCCUCCCCACCUUCGCCCCCGACCGUACACGUCCCGGAGGAGGAGGGGCUUGACGAGUACCUGGACAAUCUGCUGCGGGAGGUCGAGGACUUCCAAGACGACGACGCCUCGUCAACAUCGGGGCCACGACCGCUCGUCAUCGACGAGGACCGGCCCACCUCACCUGGACAGCACCAGCGAGCGGCGACGCUCCUAUCCGGGCCGGCGAAAGCGCCACUACGCCGCCGCCAGUGGACGUACGGUUUGCCGAGCGCGAGAUCGCCCGCCGGCGGCGCGAGGACGCUGCCCGCGGCCCACAGGACCCAAGACCAAACCUCGGAAGAAUCUGGUGCAAACCCUUCGCGCGUGUCCUAAUCAUUCAAUAGCAAAUGUCAACAGGGUUCCUAGCCCACAAGUUCUCGUCACAAGAGUAAUGAACCUGGAAGAAUUUACUGCAAGAAAGCAUGUUGCUACCAUUAUGCUUUGCUGA